CUCGUGAAACAAACGGAACAAUUUUACAGCUGUUCAUUAAAUUUGCUUGAGUGUAUUAUACUUAUGGCGGUAUUUCAAUUAUUUAAUCCGAUUUUGUAAAACAAUAAUUAAAAAAAGAAUCGGGAACCUUAGUUUGAGUUCUUGCUGUGGGGGUAACUUUUAUGGUCACACUGGAAAAAAUGUAAAUUUGCAACGUUUAUUAGUUCGUUUACAUACAUUCUACACCUUUUAGUUGCAUGCUUGAUAUGUGCACAAAUAAUCAUACUUUUUGAUCAACACAACACGCAGAAGUGAAAGCUCCUAAUGAAGGUCCGUAGGUAAUACAUCUGACAGCCUUGCAAGACAACAUGUCUGAAGAGGCCAUUUCAGAAAGUGACUUGGAGGCCAGCUUUGACAGUGAAGAAGAGUGUAUGGAAAAUGAGGAAGAGGAGGACAGUGAGAACAUGGAGGAUGAUGACGAUGAAAAUGAUGAAGACGACAAAGAUGGUGAUGAUGAACUCUCACCAUGUCUUAUUCAAGACCGCCCUUCAAGUGCCCAGAGCCAAGCAGAUGGGACUCGGGACGAUGGGGACUCCAGUUCGGCUUCCUCUGAAGACCUUUCCUCUGAGCCUUCGUCCCAGCCUGCAUCUCGUCCAUCCUCCCGAGCUCCCUCCAGACCCUCCUCCCGUUCUCAGGCUCCCACCAGCCCAGAGCUCUCCAGCCAGAGUAAGCCAACUUCCAGUAAAAGAAAGAAAAAAAAAUCCUCUAAAUUAGCCAAAUCAUCAAAGUCUUCAAAAGGCUUCAAACCUUCCAAGCUUUCCAAACCCCACAAGCUCCACAAGCCUGCACAUAUGAGGAAAAAUAUCAGGAAGCUGCUGAAGGAGGAUCAGCUGGAGGCAGGAACUAAAGCAGCUCAGCAGGAGGAGAUGGAUAGGAGGAAACGACUGGAGCAGCAGAGGAAAGAAUUCCCCACACAAGCACCUGUUCUCCUAGAUUCCCAACUAGUGAAAACGGCGGCUUUACUUGCAGAAGUUUCUCACUUGGUUCCUGUUAACCAGUCAGAUGUUAUCUGUCUGGACAGCAGCGGUGAGGAAGAUGAAAAAGCGGAGUCAACUUUACCUGCGCUUGCUAUUAGAGAUGACGUGAUCGAGCUCAGUUCGGGUGAUGAGGACGCCAUGCAGAUAAGCAGCGACGAGGAAGCUGAUGGUCCCACUGGCUCAGAGGAGAGCAGUGGCGCACACAUUAAUGACUCGCUGAACAUGCCUGAUGCCCAGGGACGAGUGCUGGUGAAUAUUAACCACCCACCAGAGGAGAAGGACAUUUACCUCGCCCCACAGCUGGCCAGGGCCGUCAAACCUCACCAAAUCGGUGGAAUCCGGUUUCUCUAUGAUAACCUCAUCGAGUCUCUGGAUCGGUACAGCACCAGCAGUGGCUUUGGCUGCAUCCUGGCUCACAGCAUGGGCUUGGGGAAGACACUGCAGGUCAUUUCCUUCAUUGACAUCCUUCUGAAGAACACCGAGGCACUCACCGUGCUGGCCAUCGUCCCUGUGAAUACUCUUCAGAACUGGUUGACAGAGUUCAACCUCUGGCUGCCCCCCCAGGAUGCCCUGCCAGCCGACACUGACCCUAUGUUUCUCACCGGACGCACAUUCAAAGUUCACAUUCUCAAUGAUGAGCACAAAUCCACAGUGGCCAGGGCCAAGGUUGUGGAGGAGUGGUCAAGAGACGGAGGUGUGUUGUUGAUGGGUUAUGAGAUGUACCGCUUGCUGACUAUGAAAAAGAGCUUUGUGAUGGGGAAGAAGAGGAAAACUAAGAAGGCUGCUGGACCGGUUAUCAUUGACCUUGAUGAAGAGGAUCGACAGCAGGAACUUAUGAAAGGAAUUGAAAAGGCCAUAUCCCGGCCUGGUCCUGAUGUGGUGAUCUGCGACGAGGGCCAUCGCAUCAAGAACUACCACGCCAGCACAUCGCAGGCACUGAAGAACAUCCGCUCCCGGCGCCGGGUGGUUCUGACCGGUUACCCGCUACAAAAUAACCUCACUGAAUACUGGUGCAUGGUGGACUUUGUCAGGCCGGACUUUUUAGGCACUCGCCAGGAGUUCAGCAACAUGUUUGAGCGUCCCAUUCUGAACGGUCAGUGUGUGGACAGCACGCCACAGGAUGUCCGCCUAAUGCGCUACCGAAGUCACGUGCUGCACAGCCUGUUGGAGGGUUUUGUUCAAAGACGAGGCCACGAUGUGCUCAGAGGGCAUCUUCCGAACAAGGAGGAGUUUGUGAUCUUGGUGCGGCUCUCGCCCAUUCAGAAGGCGCUCUAUACGGAGUUCAUGAGGCGCUUUCGAGAAGCAGGGAACAGUGGCUGGCUCAGUCUCAACCCACUCAAAGCCUUCUGCGUUUGCUGCAAAAUCUGGAACCACCCAGAUGUCCUCUAUGAAGCCUUGCAGAAGGAGAAUCAGACCAAUGAGCAGGACUUGGACCUGGACGAAAUCACCUCCUCCAGUAACCCUCGCUGCCCCGCUCCCAGCUCUGAUCUGAAGGCCAAAUCGGACUCCAGCAACAGCAAAGUCAACAACAGCCUGCCACCACUCAAUGUGUCUCAAGAUCGGGCCAGUCAGGUCAUCACGUACGAAUGGGCGAAGGACAUAAUGUCAAACUACCAAGCGGGAGUUCUGGAGAACUCUGCUAAGAUGGUUCUGCUCUUCCACUUGAUCGAGGAAAGUGUCAGGAGGGAAGACAAGAUUCUGGUCUUUAGCCAAAGCUUGUUCACCCUCACAGUUAUCGAGGACUUCUUAUCGAAGAGACCCAUUCCCCAAAGCAGCGCGUCCGCUGACGGCCAGAACCACAACUGGGUUCGCAACCUCAAUUACUACAGGCUAGAUGGAAGUACAUCAUCUUCAGAGAGAGAACGACUUAUCAAUCAGUUUAAUGAUCCGGAGAACAAGACAGCAUGGGUGUUCCUGCUCUCUACCAGGGCGGGCUGUUUGGGGGUAAAUCUGAUCGGCGCCAGUCGGGUUGUUGUGUUCGACACAUCUUGGAACCCCUGCCACGACGCCCAGGCAGUUUGUCGCGUGUACCGUUACGGUCAGAGAAAACCCUGCAACAUUUACCGCCUGGUCUGUGACUUCACGCUGGAGAAGAAGAUCUACGACAGGCAGAUCUCCAAGCAGGGCAUGUCGGAUCGCGUGGUCGACGACUUGAACCCAGUUCUGAACUUUACUCGUAAAGAAGUGGAAUCGCUUCUACAUUUUGUAGAAGAGGAGCCCGAGGCAGAAAAAAUCUCAAAAUCCCGUGAAAGCGUAGAGCCGGUCAUUAAUAGAAUCUGUGAGCUCUACCCGAACCUCAUCACCAAGGCACCUUUCCACCACGAGUCACUGCUGGUGGAUCGUAAGGAGUCAAAACUCACCAAAGCAGAGAAGAGAGCAGCGAAGAAGAGCUAUGAGGAUGAGAAACGAGCCUCCGUACCGUACUCUCGCCCGUCAUACGCUCCCUAUUACCCCACGAGUGACCAGGAUCUGGCAAGCAUAGCAGCCUUUAACCAACAUGGCUGGCGCCACCUAAACCGACCAGACGACAAGCCCGUAGCGAGCGUCCGACCCACCCAAUCAACACCGAUCCCAAUGAUCCCUCGCCACGCCCGCAUGGGAAUGUCUGGCUCCAGCCCUGCAGGAAGCCUACCUCUCAACUUUCUGCAGAAAGCCGGCGUUUAUGUGCAAAGGAUCGUCACCUCAGCUGAUAUUAUUUUCCCUGGAUCCAACAGCACAACAGAUGUUCAAGCUCGCAUUCCUGCUGGAGAGAUUAUCCACGUAAUCAGGGGAUCUAAAGGUUCUUACAUCAGGACAAAAGACGGAAGGAUCUUUGCUAUUCGAGCUGGAAAACUCAGCAGCCCAAUAACGGGGGGCACUUCUGCUUCAAGAGACAGCCAGGGCUCCUCGGUCCAGUCCAUCAGUAAUGGCUGCUCGUCGCCUGUCGAUCCUCAGCAGUGUUCUCCUGACCCUGACCAACAGGUGUCCUCUCCUUCCAACUCUGAGAUCCUCAGGGAGCUCAGCCACUACACCUCACCCCCAGGUGAUCUGUCGUCUGAGAUGGGGAACAAACCGGCAGACGUUCCAUCUGGGCCCACAGGAGAGGGAGGAGGCCCGCAGACCGGUAAUCUCAGGAGGGAGAUCAGCGAUGACCUCCUGACUUCAGUGUUGGAGAUGCGAGGCAAAAAACGCAAGCACAGUGACAUCCAGGGCAACGCACAGAUCGGAGGCAAUCACGCUUCGGCCGCAGCUCAUUUCCCUGGACUGUCCAUGGGUUCAGGUGGACUUAGUUUUCCACCUGUGGGUCUGAACUCUUCAUCCCUUCUGGGGAACUUAGGCCACAUGAGCCAACCACUUCUAAUGGGUGGUGGCGGGUCGUCGUUUCUUCAGAAUCCGGGGCAAACGCUGGCCGACCUACAGUCCAUGUUCCCCUCAGCAGGCACGGACUUACUGAGACAACCUGCCACAGGGAACAGCCACCUUCCCGUCCCUUCCUCGUCCUCUGCUUUCUCCUCUGCGUCCACCACUAUUCCCAUGCCAUCUAUGCCCUCGGCAGGAACUUCCUCCUCCCUCAUAUCCGGUUCUUUGCCUCCAUACCUAAUGAACCCCAACAUGGCCGGUCUGCUUUCAUCGAGUUUCCCUCUGAGCUAUAAUCAGCCGCUGCUUUCCUCAUCGAGGAUGUUCCCCCCGUCUCUCCUCUCUGCAUCAGGGGGGUUCCCCACCCCUAACUCCAACUCUGCUGCAUCUGGGUACCUGCCACAGUUUACCAACCCCACCUCCAGCCUGCUGGGGUCUGCUCUGACCCAACCAGACAGACAUCCGAGUACAGCAAACGGAGGGGACAGUUCUGAUGAUGAUGUCAUAGAGGUUAUGGGACAAUAAUGUUUCACAAAUCCCAUCAGUGAUGGGAAUCAUUCUACAAGCAAAUGUAAAAAAUCUGAUUGAUAAGUACAAAUCUAAAAACGUACAAAUGAAUUCAAUUUUGUUCAUCUUGAGGAUCUACAUCAUCCAACUCCUAUUCCUGAUGCGCUCAUCAAACACAGACUCUCCUCUGCGGGUGAGAGAAUCUUGUAACCCAACGACUAAAGUCAAGAGGAACACAAAUCCGUAUGCUGAAUAAAAUCUGAAGGGUUUUCAGCUGGAGCAGCAGAGCGGUGGGAUCUGACGUUUGCCGUACGAGGACCAGCUGAAUCUGCGCACAGCCCCUUCUGCUAGAUUUUUACUCAAGAGUCGCCGUGUUGAUGGUCUGAUGCUAGAUUUUCUGGAAAGCUGUGAGCCACUGUACGUUCGAACACUAAGGGUUGCAGAUCGGUGAAGAGCAAAUCCACAGUGGGGACUCCUGGUGUUCGUCAAAACCACAAUAUACAAAAAACCCUUGAAGGCUGACCUUUUAAACGUAGAUCUGGGGUAUUCAGAGCAUAUUUUAGUGUUUAGAGGUUUGAUAGACACCGUAGCACCCCCCCCACCCCACCACCCCCACCCCCAUUAAGCAACCCAUGUGACUGUAACUCAAAAUGUUCAUACUUUGUAAAUAACAGCCUUUAUCAUUGUUUAUAUUUCAAGUCAAUACUGUGCAGUGUGUAGGUUUAUGGUCGUAGGGAGAUGUAGUAUUGCAGUAACCAUGACGAUAAAUGCACCCACACACCCAAAAUAUGUUUGGUUUUAUAUUAAUGAGUUUGCUUCUCUUAAAACUCAAACGAAUGUACUUUCAUGUUAACCUCUUGCCGGCACAGGGACGAGACGAGGAUUCAUAACUGUGUGCUUUUCGUUUUUAGCCUUAAAUAAAACAAACGUUCUUGAGUUUGAGCUUUUAUAUCUAGUACUGACUUGAUCCCGUGGUUCUGGUAAAAGCAGCAAGGCAGAAAUGUUACCAGCUCAUAUACGUUUGACACCUGACAGAAGUUUCCCCUUGUUCUUUAAUAUGUUGAUUUAACCAUUUAUAGUCUAUUUCUAGAAACUCACUGAGAACAAAAUAACUAGAACAUCAGCACAAUCUGAGAAGAACCUGGACUUGUAGCCACCAACCAUCGCAGCAGAAGUGUGUGAUUUGUCACUGAAGCUGCCGGUGACCGUGGAGCACCCUGCUGAGCUAAGCUGAUGCGGUGGCCUUAAGCUGACGGUGCCGUUUUGUGACACCCCCCACCCCCCUUUAGACGCAGUGCCGUGUGAGUAGCUUUUGUCAGUUCGUGUAGGCAUGCGUUGCUUCUGGGAGUUUAGGUGCUGUUUUCUGUAGAUGUUUGUGUGUUGUCACAACGCCUUAAGGUGUUUAGAUUUAAGAAUUCCCUCCCCUCUGUUGGUAACUUAGGCUAGACGCAGUGAUUAUUUGCCUUUAGAGAACACUGGAUGGGCUGAGACAACAGGUCAUUCCCUGUAGUUACUUUAUGCUUAGAUUUGUUUGCUACUGGCUCCUCAGUCUCUGCUGCUUCAUUUCCAUCAAGGAUUUUAUGAUUUGGUUUAAACUUGAAGCAAUUUGUAAAAGAAUCAUUUCAGCAGAUGAGCUGUAAAAAGUACACACCUACGCCAUGUCCUCAUUCUUAAUGUUUUCAUUCAGCUGCAGACACCAAAUCUUUUGUUUCCUCCUCUAUUAAUGUUCAUUAUUUGUGUCUCAAACCAACUGAAAGUCACAUCCCUAAUUAUGAUUUAACUGUCUGAAACAUACUUAUUUAUAAUGUGUUUUUGUAACAGCUAUUUUUUUUACCUUCUGUUCACUUUGAUCCAUUAUUGGCUGAUUCAGUAAGAAUUUCAUAACUGCGGCCAAAAUCAAAGUAAAAUAACUUAAAAUGUGAUAUUAAUGUUAUUUGAACAAUAAAACACGUCUAUUGCA